AUGUCCGACAAUAUGCAAGUUGAUUCGCCAUUGCAACCUGAGAUUGACGAAGGUUUAUACUCACGUCAGUUGUAUGUCUUGGGCAAAGAAGCAAUGCUCAAGAUGCAGAAUGCCAAUGUAUUGAUCAUAGGAUUGAACGGUUUGGGAGUUGAAAUUGCCAAAAACAUUGCCCUUGCUGGUGUAAAGUCAUUGAGUUUGUACGAUCCAAACACAAUUCAAAUUCAGGACUUGUCAACACAAUUUUUUCUCUCAGAGGAAGAUAUCGGUAAACCAAGAGACCAAGUUAGUGCAGUCAAAUUACGCGAAUUGAAUGCAUAUGUCCCAAUCAGUGUGAUUGACAAUAUCAAGGAAGAAACAUUGUUGAAAUUCAAAUGUAUUGUUACAACAAAUAUUUCUUUGGAGGAACAGGUCCAAAUCAAUCAAAUUACCCAUGCUAAUGAGAUUGGAUACAUAAAUGCCGAUGUUCGUGGUUUAUUCGGUCAAAUCUUUGUUGAUUUCGGCGACAAGUUUACUAUAGUGGACCAAACUGGUGAAGAGCCGUUAUCAGGAAUCGUGUCUGAUAUUGAAAAAAACGGAACAGUUACUAUGUUGGAUGAAAAUAGACAUGGGCUUGAGGAUGGGAAUUUCGUUAAAUUCUCUGAAGUUGAAGGAUUGCCAGGUUUGAAUAAAGGUAUUUACAAGGUUGAAGUAUUGGGACCAUAUGCAUUCAAGAUCAAAUUGGAUGGAAUCGAAGGUGAAUACAAAAAGGGAGGUCUUUAUACUCAAGUAAAAGUUCCCAAAGAUGUCAAAUUUGAACCACUACUUGAACAAUUGAAGAACCCAGAGUUUUUGAUUUCUGAUUUUGCAAAGUUUGAUAAACCAGCACAGUUGCAUAUCGGUUUCCAAGCUUUGCAUGCAUUCAAAACAAAGAGACAAAGAUUACCAAAACCUUAUAACGUUGAGGAUGCAAAUGAAGCAUUUGCUUAUGCUGAGCAGUUGGCUAAACAGAACAAUGUUGAAGAUAUCAACGAGUCCUACUUGAAGGAGUUGUUUUACCAAGCCCAGGGUGAUAUUCCAGGAAUGGUGGCAUUCUAUGGUGGUUUAAUUGCUCAAGAGGUUUUGAAGUGUUGCUCUUCCAAGUUCACUCCGAUUAAGCAAUGGCUAUAUUUUGAUUCUUUAGAAUCCUUACCUGGUAAAGAAGAGUACCCUCGUAACGAAGAAAACAACAAACCUCUUGGUUCAAGGUACGAUGGGCAAAUUGCUGUUUUUGGUAAAGAUUUCCAGGACAAAAUUGCCAAUUUAAAGGUUUUCCUCGUUGGUGCCGGUGCCAUUGGUUGCGAAAUGUUGAAAAAUUGGGCAAUGAUGGGUUUAGGCUCAGGACCAGAUGGUAAGAUUUUCAUCACUGAUAAUGACUCUAUUGAAAAGUCUAAUUUGAAUCGUCAAUUCUUGUUUAGACCUAAGGAUGUUGGAAAAAACAAGUCAGAUGUUGCUGCACAAGCAGUUCAAGCCAUGAAUCCAGCAUUGAAGGGUAAAAUUGAAUCACGUUUGGACAAGGUUGGUCCAGAAACACAGGAUAUUUUUGAUGACGCAUUUUGGACCAAUUUAGAUUUGGUCACCAAUGCAUUGGAUAAUGUUGAAGCAAGAACUUAUGUCGAUAGCCGCUGUGUCUUUUUCCAAAAACCAUUGUUGGAAUCAGGAACUUUGGGAACUAAAGGAAACACACAAGUUGUUGUGCCAUUUUUGACAGAAUCUUAUUCUUCAUCUCACGAUCCCCCAGAGAAAUCGAUUCCAUUGUGUACUUUGCGUUCAUUCCCAAGUAAGAUUGAUCACACCAUUGCUUGGGCGAAGUCGUUAUUUCAAGGUUAUUUUGUAGACUCACCGGAGAGUGUUAACUUGUAUUUGAGUCAACCAAAUUAUGUCGAACUGUCUUUGAAACAAAAUCCAGACAAGAAGGGAACUUUAGAGAACAUUUCCAAAUAUUUGAACGAACGUCCAUAUAGUUUUGAAGACUGUAUCAAAUGGGCAAGGUUGGAAUUUGAAAACAAAUACAAUCACGAGAUUAAACAAUUAUUGUACAAUUUUCCACACGAUGCCAAGACUUCAACCGGGGAGCCAUUCUGGUCUGGACCUAAACGUGCUCCUACUCCUUUGAAGUUUGAUAUCAACAAUAAAGAUCAUUUGGACUUCAUUAUUGGAGGGGCAAACUUGUUGGCGUUCAUAUACGGAUUAAAGGAACAAGACAAUAUCGACACCAAGGUUUUGGAAAACAUCGAAAUUCCCGAAUUUCAACCUAAAUCAGGAGUCAAGAUUGCUGCCACUGAUGCCGAAGCUGAGGAGCAAGCAAACAACUUGUCUUCUUCUGCUGACGACGAAGCUGUUCGAAAGAUUGCUGCAUCUUUGCCCGAGCCAAGUACUUUGGCUGGAUACAGAUUGCAUCCAAUCGAGUUUGAAAAAGAUGACGAUACCAACCACCACAUACAAUUUAUUACCGCUGCUUCGAAUUGUAGGGCAUUGAACUAUGGUAUUGAAACUGCCGAUGCGCACAAGACCAAAUUCAUUGCUGGUAAGAUUAUUCCUGCGAUUGCCACUACGACUGCAUUAGUCACUGGGUUAGUGUGUCUUGAGUUAUACAAGGUUGUUGAUAAGAAGGAUGAUAUUGAACAAUACAAGAAUGGAUUCAUCAAUUUGGCUUUACCCUUUAUUGGAUUUUCUGAGCCAAUAAAAUCGGCUCGUGGUAAGUAUGGAGCUAAAGAAUACGAUCAAGUAUGGGACCAAAUCAUAAUUGACAGAGACUUGACGUUACAGGAGUUGAUUGACAAAUUUGCCGAAGAAGAUAAGUUGGAGGUUUCCAUCUUGUCAUAUGAUGUUGUUGUAUUGUAUGCUUCAUUUUUCCCACCAAAGAAGAAGCAAGAGAGAUUAAAUUUACCGAUUUCACAAGUGAUCAAAUUGGUUACAAAGAAGGAUAUUCCUGCUCAUGUACGUUACUUGGUCUUGCAAGCAUGUUGUGAAGAUGAAGAAGGUGAGGAUGUCGAUGUACCUCCAAUCACUAUCAAAUACAAAUAG